AUGGGAGAAAUUAAUAAUAAUAAAGAAAUAAAUGAAAAAGAUGAUGAAAUUAAUAAUAAAAGAUUAAAAUAUGAAGGAUUUAUAAAAAAAGAAAAAAAGAAAAAACAAAAGAUUGAUCAUUCAAUACCAUUAAAAGAGAAACCAACUCAAGAAGAUAUUGAUUCCCAUAGUGAAUGUUUAUUUUGGAUUGUAAAUAAAAAAAAGCAUAGAGCUGAAUUUUGUAAAUAUAAAAGAGCAAAAGAUUCAAUACUUUGUAAUCAUCAUAAACCAAUUGAUCAAAUAUCUUCAGAACCGCAACCGCAACUAACUGAUUAUAAUGGGGACGAUGUCACUGAAAAUAAUAAUAAUUCUACUACUACCACCACAGCCACUACCCAAGAUGAUAAUUCCAAACCAAAAGAAAGAAAAAGAAUACAUUGUCCAUUAAAUCCAACUCAUAUUAUUUAUGAAUGUAAAUUACAAAAACAUUUAAAAGCAUGUCCAAAUGCAAAAGUUGGUCAAAAGAAUGCACACAUUGAAUUAUCAAAAAAAGAACCAUAUUAUAAAGAGAAUAUAAAUGAUUUAAAUGAAAAUGUAAAAUUAACAUUAGAACCAAUAAUUUUAUCACAAGUUUCAACUGAAAAUUUAAUUAAUAUCUCUAUUAAAUUGGAUCAAUUCUUUGAAAAAUUCUUUAAAAAUGAAAUUCAAUCUUUAAAUCAAACACAUAAAUCUUUUGAUAAAAUUUUUAAUUCAGAUCAACAAUUAAAACAUAUUCAACAAGAAUCAUCAAUUAUAAAUUUAUUAGAAAAUAGUAAUCUUUAUAAUUCAGAUAAUGUUUAUUUAGAGUUUGGGGCAGGAUCAGGUAAAUUAAGUAACCAUAUAUUUAUGUCACAUGAAAAGAAAUCAGGUCAUAUUUUAAUUGAUAGAAUGAAAUUUAGAUCAUUAAAAAAAGUAGAUAGAUUAAUAAAGAAUGAAAAAGGUUGUCAUCAUUUCUCUAGACUUUUAAUUGAUAUUAGACAUUUAAAUCUAUCAAAUCUAUCAAUACUUGAAGAGAAACCAUUCGUUAUCACAUCAAAACAUCUUUGUGGUUGUGCAACUGAUUUCACAUUAGAUUCAAUUUUUAAUCUUUUAAAUAAUUCAAAUGAAAAAGUUAAUAAUAAUUUUAAAGGAAUUGGUAUUGCAACUUGUUGUCAUCAUAUUUGUAAUUUUAAUACUUAUUCAAAUCAAUCAUAUUUAAAAGAUCAAUUAAAUAUUACACCAUUAGAAUUUCAAUUAAUUUGUUCGAUUAGUAGUUGGGCAACAAUUGAUGAAAAUAAAUGUAAUAAUGAUGAUGAUGAUAAUGAAGUUGAAGAAGAUGAUGAAUUAAUUAAAAAAGAUAAAAAAGAAAAAAAAGAAUUUGAAAAUCAAUUAAAGAUUGAAUUUAAUAAACAAGAUGUAUUUAGUAUAAAAAGAAAAGAGGAAUUAGGAUAUAAAGCAAAGAGAUUAAUUGAUUAUGGUAGAUAUUUAUUUAUUAAAGAAAAAUUAAAUUUACCAAAUACAAAAUUUUGGAUUUAUACAAAUCAAUCAAAAGAAAAUUUAUUUUUAGUUUCAAAUAAAUAA